CUCCCUGUUCCGCCAGAUUCUAUUCUAAACCCCAGCUAAUACGCCAGGCCGCCGCGGAGGAGCCAAGCCCUACCCUCGGCCACGCUAGGCUGCCCCCGCCCCCACCCCCCAGCUCUCACCAACUGCCCCUCUUCCUCUCUCGUCGUCGUCGUCCUUUCCCAACCUCCAAUUCCCCCUUCCUCCUCUCCCUCCCCGCGUUUGCCGGUUCGGGAAUGGCUGCGUGAGGAGGCCCGCAGGCUAGGGUUCGGGCCGGAAGGGGAAGGGGAAGGGGAGAGCGCGAACGGAGGGAGCGAAGGGGUGCACCAUGGCGAGCGACGUGCCCAUGAGCCCGGAGCUCGAGCAGAUCGAUGGCGAGAUCCACGACAUCUUCCGCGCCCUCCAAAAUGGAUUUCAAAAGAUGGACAAGAUUAAAGAUUCUAAUAGGCAAGCUAAACAAUUGGAAGAUCUCACAGGGAAAAUGAAGGAGUGCAAGCGCUUGAUCAAAGAGUUUGAUCGCAUUCUCAAAGAUGACGAGUCAAAGAAUCCUCCCGAGACCAACAAGCUGCUAAAUGACAGAAAACAGUUCAUGAUCAAAGAGUUAAAUUCCUAUGUUACCUUGAGGAAAACAUACCAAAGUAGCCUUGGUAAUAAUAAUAAGAGGGUUGAGCUCUUCGAUAUGGGUGCUGGAAGUAGCGAGCCUGCUGCUGAGGACAAUAUUCAAAUGGCGUCAGCUAUGACGAACCAGCAACUCAUUGAUACUGGAAGGAACCAAAUGGAUCAGACUGAUCAAGCUAUUGAGCGUUCAAAAAUGGUCGUACACCAAACUGUUGAGGUUGGAACUCAGACUGCUGCAGCAUUAACACAGCAAACAGAGCAAAUGAAGAGAAUUGGGAAUGAGCUAGAUUCUGUUCACUUUUCGCUAAAGAAAGCUAGCCAACUAGUGAAAGAGAUUGGUCGUCAGGUUGCAACUGACAAAUGUAUUAUGGCAUUUCUCUUUCUGAUAGUUUUAGGUGUGAUUGCAAUAAUCGUUGUUAAGAUUGUCCAUCCACAAAACAAAAACAUUCGAGACAUUCCAGGACUUGCCCCGCCUGCUCAAAAUUUUCAAAUUAAUAACAGGAGAUUGUUGUGGGCAGAAGCUUUCACAGGUCUUUGAUGAUUGUGCAUAGAGGUUUCAUGCAGACGCGGUGCCUGCGGAGAAGCUAUCCAUAAGACAUAAGAUACGUUGUAACAAUUCUUUGUGCCUGUGUAUUUAUUUCUUGUGUUAACUACUAGGUCCGGAUUAUUUAGCUUCCUGGUUGUGUAUACGCUAGAGAUGAGAUCCUUUACGAGUCAUUAGUAACAACGUGUGAGAUCUUUUGCGAAGCAGUUAUCCAUAAGACAUAAUAUACACGAUGGUUGUAUA